UCUCAUAUCAUUUCUUGUUCAUCACAAGCACUUUCUCAGUUAAUCCAUUCUCUGAUUUUUCCAAUUUCAACUUCUUCAUGGCAAAUCUUGGAGUUGGAACUACACAAAGAAUACCAACUUCCUCAAAACCAUCCCCAACAACUGACAAACAUGAACCAAAAGAACAACAUGAAAAAUCAUUUGCUGAUUUCAAAUUCUAUUGUCCAAUUAACAUUCCCUUAACAUCAGAAGCUGCAGCAUCACGCAUCAUAAGAAACUUUGGGAAUUUUGGACUAUACUACACACUUUUGGUUUGGAUCAUACUCUUCAUAUACCUCAUACCGGAUCGAAAAGUGUCUUUGAUUCUGUUGGUUAGCAUGACUUAUGUGACAACCCUUUAUUGUUUAAUACUAAGGUCAUUUCCUAAUUCAGUUGUGCUUCACAAAAUCAUGGAUAAAAGGAUUGUCUUGAGUUUGUUAUUUAUUGCAACUGCGGUUCAGAUGAUUUUGACUGAUGCAGGCAUUCAGUUUGCAAUUACUUUGACCUCUAGUGUGCCUGUAGUUUUGCUUCAUGCUGUUUUAUGGAUCGGUAGUUAUGAAUAUGAUGCCUAUGAGACUCUGGAAGGUACCGGUAAAGAAGAAUUGGCUCCUAUUACUGGCGGACAUAAUGAUAUUGAAGCUCAGAACUCGGAUGCGGUUUGAAUGUUCCUGAGAAGUCCUUGUGUUACAAGUCCUUAUCUUUUAUAGAACUUUGCAAGGAAAUAAUGUACAAUAUGGCAUAAACUUCAUUAUAGAAGGUUCGUGAGACAUGGUGCUUCACUUUUAUCGUUCAAAUUGUCGAAACAAAUAGACAGAGAGAUAUCUUGUUAGCACUCUACCAGAUUUUGUUUUUAGAGUUUUUAUUUAUCAUUCUCGAAUUGUAAAUUUUUGUGCUUUGUUGUUUUGGCACGUUGUCACUAUUUGUGCACUAUUUUGAAACUCCACUGUAAUCUCAUUUGAUCAUAACGGAUUUCUUUAGUCUUGAGUGACGACCCCUGAAUUUUAAUCUCAAAAUGAACAUUGAAGGGUUUUUCAUGUUAAAAUAUCGGCGUUUUCUUGUGCCU